GAUAAAAGUCCAGAUCAGGAUACCUCUCUAGUGGACAAAAUGGAGUCACCUUCUUCUAUUGGUGAAGCUGAAAGAGCCGCUGGAUUCCUGACUCAGGUUCUGAGGUUCUCCCAGGAAUGGGGAGGAAUUCGCUGGAUCCGCACAAAUCUUUCUCCUGAUCUGUCUUUCAGAGGGAUCCCCAAGGAUAAAAGUCCAGAUCAGGAUACCUCUCUAGUGGACAAAAUGGAGUCACCGUUGUUCAUGGAAUCAUCUUCUUCUAUUGGUGAAGCUGAAAGAGCCGCUGGAUUCCUGACUCAGAUUCAGAUUCAGAUUCAGAUUCCGAGGCUGGGAGGAUCUUUGGAGAGCCAGGAGAGUCAGAGGAGACCAGCUUCCCGGUGCUGUAAGGUCCGUGCUGAGGCUGUGAAAGGAGAGAAGCAGGAAGAGCUGCAGGUUCUGAGGUCCUUCCAGGAAUGGGGAGGAAUUCGCUGGAUCCGCACAAAUCUUUCUCCUGAUCUGUCUUUCAGAGGGAUCCCCAAGGAUAAAAGUCAAGGUCAGGAUACCUCUCUAGUGGACAAAAUGGAGUCACCGUUGUUCAUUGAAUCAUCUUCUUCUAUUGGUGGAGCUGAAAGAGCCGCUGGAUUAUUGAUUCAGGGUGCUGUGUCCUUUGGAGAGGUGGCCAUCCAUUUCAACAAUGAAGAGUGGUUGCUGCUUGAUCCCAGCCAGAAAGCCCUGCAUGAAGAAGUCAUGUUGGAAACGUCUAGGAUGGUGGCCUCUUUAGCAUUUGAGGCGCAGAAGAAGGAAAACGAACAAGAGCCAAAUUUAGGGCCGUUGCAAAUAAUCACAACUGAAAUUCCUGAAGAGACAUCUACAAAUAAGCAGGGAAGGAAGAAACAUAAAAAGAAGCAUAACUGGAGAGAAAAAUCAAUUCCUGAAUGUGUGGAAAUGGAUCGCUUCCUGACCCAACAUGAUUCCAAACAAAAUACAGGGAAAUGUCAAAGUAGAAAAAGAUCCAAAGCAAACCCCAAUGCUAGUAAUCACUGCAAAUCGGGAAAAAGCUCCAGCAGUAAUAAUCUUACUUCACAUAAAAAGAACCAGGCAAGGGGGAAGCCCUACAACGAUGUGGACUGUGGAAAAAGCAGUAAUUCAAUUUCUCAUAAAAAGAUCCAUAAAUGUGUGGAUCGUGGAAAACGUUACAGUGUGAAGAGUUCCCUUACGUACCAUAAAAGGGUACAUACUGGAGAAAAACCCUUUAAAUGCAUAGAAUGUGGGAAGGGCUUCAAAAGUAGAAUUUACUUGAUGUGCCAUAGAAGGAUCCAUUCACGGGGAAAACCUUAUAAAUGUGUGGAUUGUGGGAAAAGUUUCAGUAUGAAGAGUUCUCUUACGUACCAUAAAAGGAUACAUACAGGAGAAAAACCCUAUAAAUGCAUGGAGUGUGGAAAAAGCUUCAGGGGAAGCAGUGUUCUUAAUUGUCAUCAACGGAUCCACACAGGAGAAAAACCCUAUAAAUGCCUAGACUGUGGGAAGGGCUUCAGCCAAAGCAGUAGCCUUGUUUCCCAUAAACGGGUCCACACAGGAGAAAAACCAUUUAAAUGCAUACAGUGUGGAAAGAGCUUCAGUGUAAAGAGUGCUCUUACUUCCCAUAAAAGGGUCCACACAGGAGAAAAACCCUUUAAAUGCAAACAGUGUGGGAAGAGCUUCACAACUAGUAGUUCCCUGAUAUGCCACAAAAGGAUCCAUACAGGGAGAAAACCUUACAAAUGUGUGGAUUGUGGACAAAGGUUCCGUGUGAAGGGUUCCUUUACUUCCCAUAAAAGGGUACAUACUGGAGAAAAACCCUUUAAAUGCAUAGAAUGUGGGAAGAGUUUUAAAAGUAGUAAUUACCUGAUGUGCCACAAAAGGAUCCAUUCGGGGGAAAAACCUUAUAAAUGUGUGAUUUGUGGACAAAGUUUCAGAACGAAAUCUUCCCUUACAGCCCAUGAAAAGAUACAUACAGAAGAAAGACCCUUUAAAUGCAAGGUGUGUGGCAAGAGCUUCAAGGGAAAGAGUUCUCUUAAUUGUCAUAAACUGAUCCACACAGGAGAAAAACCCUAUAAAUGCCUAGAGUGUGGGAGGGGCUUCAGCCAAAGCGGUACCCUUGCUUCCCAUAAACGGGUCCACACAGGAGAAAAACCCUAUGAAUGCAUGGAGUGUGGAAAGAGCUUCAGUGUAAAGAGUUCUCUUACUUCUCAUAGACGGAUCCACACAGGAGAAAAACCCUAUAAAUGCCUAGACUGUGGGAAGGGCUUCAGGCAAAGCUGUGACCUUGCUACCCAUAAACGGAUCCACACAGGAGAAAAACCCUAUAAGUGCAUGAAAUGUGGAAAGAGCUACAAAAACAGCAAUUACCGGAACCUCCAUAAACGGCUCCACACGGGAGAGAAACCCUAUACAUGUAUGGAGUGUGGAAAGAGCUUCACUUGCAAGACUUCUCUUACUUCUCACGAGAGGAUCCACACAGGAGAGAAACCCUAUAAAUGUAUAGAGUGUGGGAAGAGCUUCAGCCGAAGCAGUCAACUUAGUUACCAUAACAGGGUCCAUACAGGAGAAAAACCUUAUAAGUGCACAGAGUGUGGAAAGACCUUCGUUGCUAGUAGGUCUCUGACUAUUCAUAAAAGGACCCACACCGGAGAGAAACCCUAUAAAUGCCUGGAAUGUGGGAACAGCUUCAGAUUUAACAGUAGCCUUUCUGUCCAUAAGAGGAUCCACAAAAGAGGGAAAUAGAAAUGUACGGAAUGUGGAAGGAGUUUUUGUGAAAGAGAACCCUUCUCAAGAAAGAACCCACAAUGGGCAGGAAAAUAUCCUGUAGACAGCAAUCAACUUAUUUCACUUAUGGAUAAACAGAAAAAUGAAUGGACAAAGAAGAUAGAUUUUCAGGUAGUCAAGAAAGUUAAAUAUUUGGGAGUAUACUUAACAGGAAGAUGUGCAACAAUUAAAGAAAGUAACUAUAAAGGAUUAAUACAACAAAUUAAAUUGAACAUGGAACACUGGAAAACUUUGCAACUGUCUUUCACUAUCUAUUUUAUAACCAUAAAAUGAACAUCCUGCCGAAGGUAGUUUUUUUGUUCGAAAUGUUCCCUAUAAAAUAAGAGAGAGAGAAAUUUUGAUGAGCUGAACACAAUCAUCCUGAAAUACGUUAGGGAAUAAAAAAGAGCAAGAAUAAAACUGAUAAUGCUGCACAAAUCUAAAAACAAUAGGGGCUUUUGGUUGCCGGACUGGGAGCUUUAUUAUCAGGCUUCUGUACUAACUUGGGUGAAAGAAUGGAUAAAUCUAAGACAUAGAAGAGUAUGUCAUGUUGAAGGGACAUGAUCUUCAAUUGGGAUGGCAUGCCUUUUUGUGGUAGGAAAAGAAUAAAAUACAUAGAUAUUUUC